GCAACCUUCCGCUUCGCAUGUGAAGCCUGAAGGGACACAAGUUACGAAAGCAUUACUCCAAACUCAUUUUUACGACUUCUCUUCCAUGACGUCCCAGCAAAUGGGGCUUGACAGAUUCUGUAGCCCUGAAGGUUCCGAUCGGUUCUGGGAUUGGGACCGCUCAUGGAAUACUACAAACCCAGACUUUACUCAGUGCUUCCAGAACACUGUCCUGGUGUGGCUGCCAUGUGUCUACCUCUGGCUGUGUGUCCCCUUCUACCUCAUUUACCUUCGUAGCCACAAUCAAGGUUACAUAUGCAUGAAUCACCUGAACAAAGCCAAAACUGCUUUUGGCUUUCUUCUGUGGAUUAUCUGCUGGGCAGAUGUUUUCUAUUCUUUCUGGGAAAGAAGUUAUGGCAGUAAAGUUCCUGCACCUGUCCACCUUGUCAGUCCAACCAUACUGGGCUUCACCAUGUUGCUGGCCACCCUGGUGAUUCAGUAUGAGCGACUGAAAGGUGUACAGUCAUCAGGAGUGUUGCUGUUUUUCUGGCUGCUGGCCUUGCUUUGUGCCACAAUCACCUUCCGGUCCAAAAUCCUCCAAGCCCUGGACCAGCCAUCGACAAUAUGCGUGUGGAGGUACACCACCUUCUUUGUGUACUACACCUUGCUGCUGAUUUCGCUGAUUUUGUCCUGCUUGUCAGAUCAGCCUCCACUCUUCUCCCAAGUUAUCAAAGAUUUAAAUCCUUGCCCUGAGCCCGGAGCUUCUUUCCUUUCCAAAAUAACAUUCUGGUGGAUCACCAGGAUGAUGAUGAGUGGCUACAAGCAUCCCCUAGAGGAGAAAGACUUGUGGUCUCUGAACCCUGAGGACCGUUCACAAAAAGUGGUACCAAAGCUGGUUCAACGUUGGAAGACAGAUUGUCAAAAAGGAAAAAGUGUUUCCAGAACAGAACAGAAGACAUUCUACUCUCCCAGGCGGGCCCAUAACCCUGGAAACAAGGAGAAUCAAGCUGCAGAGGAGGAGUCUGAAAUCCUACUCGUUAAAAACACAAAAAGGAAGGAGCCCUCCCUGCUGUGCGCUCUGUGCCUGGCCUUUGGGCCGUACUUCCUCGUCUCGUGCAUCUACAAGUUCAUACAAGACAUCCUCAUGUUUGUCGGGCCUGAGAUCCUCCGGCUUCUGAUCAACUUUGUGAACAACUCCAGCGCCCCCUACUGGCAUGGCUACUUCUACACAUGUCUGCUCUUCCUCUGUACCUGUGUGCAGUCACUUAUCCUGCAGAGGUACUUUCACAUCUGCUUCAUCACAGGCAUGCGCCUGCGCACUGCCAUUGUCGGAGCAGUCUAUAGGAAGGCCUUGGUUAUCAGCAGCGCGGCCCGCCGCACGUCCACAGUUGGAGAAAUCGUCAAUUUGAUGUCGGUGGACGCUCAGCGCUUCAUGGACCUGAUCGCUUAUAUCAACAUGGUAUGGUCUGCCCCCUUGCAAGUGGUGUUAGCCCUUUACUUUCUGUGGCAGAACCUCGGCCCGUCCGUUCUGGCCGGAGUGGCGGUUAUGGUUCUCAUGGUUCCAAUUAAUGCUUUCAUUGCCAUGAAAACCAAAACCUACCAGGUAGCGCAGAUGAAGAGUAAAGACAGUCGCAUUAAGCUGAUGAAUGAGAUGCUGAAUGGUAUCAAGGUGUUGAAGCUCUACGCCUGGGAGCUUGCUUUCAAGGGAAAAGUAUCAGAUAUCCGUGAGAGCGAGCUGCGGGUACUGAAGAAGGCUGCCUACCUUGGUGCUAUGUCUACCUUCACCUGGGUUUGCGCACCCUUUUUGGUUGCCCUGUCUACCUUUGCAGUAUAUGUGCUGGUCGAUGAAAAAAAUGUGCUUGAUGCCCAGAAGGCUUUUGUUUCUCUGGCACUCUUCAACAUCUUGCGUUUUCCUCUCAACAUGCUGCCGAUGGUCAUCAGCAGCAUGGUGCAGGCGAGCGUCUCCUUGAAGCGUCUGAGAGUGUUUCUAUCACACGAGGAGCUGCAGGAAGACAGUGUUGACCGCAGAGCAGUAGUUGGCUCCUCAAACAGUAUAUCCAUAGUGAAUGGAGUUUUCAGCUGGUCCAAAACAGAAUCACCGACGCUCAAAAUGCUGAACGUGUGUAUCCCAGAUGGCUCGCUGGUUGCCAUUGUAGGACUGGUGGGUUCUGGAAAGUCCUCUCUUCUGUCAGCCCUGCUUGGAGAAAUGGACAAACUUGAAGGAAGUCUGGCUGUCAAGGGUUCCGUGGCCUAUGUUCCCCAGCAGGCCUGGAUACAGAAUUCCACACUGAAGGAAAACAUCAUAUUUGGCCAGGAUGUGAGCGAAGCCUGGUAUCAGCGUGUCGUGACGGCAUGUGCGCUUCAGCCUGACCUUGAGAUCCUGCCUGCUGGAGAUUCCACAGAGAUUGGAGAAAAGGGUGUCAAUCUAUCCGGUGGUCAAAAGCACAGGGUGAGCCUCGCAAGGGCUGUCUACUGUGACCGGAUGGUCUACCUGCUGGACGACCCUCUCUCUGCUGUUGAUGCUCAUGUAGGAAAACAUAUAUUUGAGCACGUGAUUGGUCCGCAGGGCUUGCUGAAGGAAAAGACCCGUUUGCUGGUGACUCACGGGCUAAGUUACCUGCCUCAGGUUGACCUGAUCCUGGUCAUGGUGAAUGGGGAAAUAACCGAAAUUGGUUCCUACCAGCAACUCAUGGCUACUGAGGGGGCCUUUUCUGAGUUUCUGCAUACAUACGCUGGGGUUGACCACGGAGACAACAAUGAUUUAGACUCCAAGCCAAAAAUAGUAACCAAAGGAAUAGAGAAUGGCAGUGCAACUGGUCUUGCUGGGCCUGGUCAAAACAGCAGUACAAGCAACCUAUCCCAGUCGGGCAAGGAAAAAGAGGAGCUCGGCAAAAAGGCCAAGGAAGCGGAUGCAGGCAAACUAACAGAGGCUGACAAGGCCAGCACAGGACGGGUCAAGCUGUCUGUGUUCUGGGCCUAUUUUAAAGCCAUUGGUGUACUAUCCGCCAUUGCUGUUGUGCUGUUUUUUGCACAUAACCUGCUUUCUCUGCUCUCUAAUUACUGGCUCAGUCUCUGGACUGAUGAUCCAGUCGUCAAUGGCACUCAGCCUAAAAGACAACUGAGAUUGGGGGUAUAUGGUGCUCUUGGCCUGUCCCAGGGUGUGGCCGUCUUUGGCUACUCUUUGUCCAUGUCCAUUGGGGGCAUCCUGGCAUCUCGCUAUCUUCAUCAGUCCAUGCUCUACGAUGUCCUUCGCUCCCCUAUAUCUUUCUUUGAGCGAACCCCCAGCGGUAACCUUGUAAACCGCUUUGCCAAGGAGAUAGACACCAUUGACACGGUGAUCCCCAGCAUUCUUAAAAUGUUCAUGGGCUCCAUGUUCAAUGUGAUGGGCGCCUGUAUUAUCAUCCUCAUCGCCACGCCGUUUGUGGCAAUUAUCAUUCCCUUCCUUGGUCUGCUCUACUUUUUUGUACAGAGAUUUUACGUGGCGUCAUCCCGCCAGUUGAAGCGCCUGGAGUCUGUCAGCCGUUCGCCUAUCUAUACCCACUUUAACGAAACGCUGCUGGGCACGUCCGUCAUCAGAGCUUUCGGUGAACAAGAACGCUUCAUACGAGAGAGCGAUCAGAGGGUUGACCAUAACCAGAAGGCCUACUACCCUGGCAUAGUAGCAAACAGAUGGCUGGCGAUUCGACUGGAGUUUGUCGGCAACUGCAUUGUGUCUUCCGCUGCUUUGUUUGCCGUCAUAGCCAGAGAGAACCUUAGUCCGGGUAUCAUGGGUUUAGCAAUCUCCUAUGCCCUUCAGCUGACAGCCUCUCUGACCUGGCUGGUGAGGAUGUCCUCUGAUGUGGAAACAAACAUAGUUGCAGUGGAGAGAGUGAAAGAGUACAGUGAGACAGAAAAAGAGGCUGAGUGGAAGCACGAGUCCUCCAGCCUUGCCCCUGGGUGGCCCACUGAAGGCCGCAUAGAAUUCAGAGGUUUCGGUCUACGAUACCGUCACGAUCUGGACCUGGCCAUCCGCAACGUCACAGUCAACAUUUCGGGAGGAGAGAAGGUGGGGAUUGUCGGGCGCACAGGAGCCGGCAAGUCAUCCCUCACAUUGGGCCUGUUCAGGAUCAUCGAGGCAGCAGAGGGUCAAAUUUUCAUUGAUGGGGUAAACAUUGCUGAACUUGGCCUUCAUGAUCUCCGCUCCAGAAUAACCAUAAUACCCCAGGAUCCAGUGUUGUUUUCAGGCACUCUGAGGAUGAACUUAGAUCCUUUUGAAAGCUACUCUGAUGAAGACCUAUGGAGGUCUUUGGAGUUGUCUCAUCUCAAGAACUUUGUAUCAGGCCUGCCAGACAAGCUUAACCAUGAGUGUAGUGAAGGGGGAGAGAACCUCAGCGUGGGCCAGCGUCAACUCCUAUGCUUGGCUCGAGCAUUGUUGCGAAAGACCAAGAUCCUUGUUUUAGAUGAGGCCACAGCCGCUGUGGACAUGGAGACCGACACCCUGAUCCAGACCACCAUCCGUUCUCAGUUUGAGGGCUGUACCGUCCUUACUAUCGCUCAUCGCCUCAACACCAUCAUGGAUUACACAAGGGUGCUGGUUUUGGAGAAAGGAGAAAUGGUCGAGUUUGAUUCCCCAGCUAAUCUCCUAGCUCAAAGGGGAUCCUUCUACAAGAUGGCCAAGGAUUCAGGGCUGGCCUGAAGCUUUGUCACAAUAGUCCUCCAAGCUACUUUGCUUCCUGCUGUGAGGGUGAGACCAGAAUUGGCAACAGCAGUUCCCGUGAUUUACAAGCCAAGCAAGGAUGUUGGUAUAAACAACGGUCUUGGUUUUUACAUGCCUACCAAUCUUCCAUCAUAGUUGAACUACUAGUUAACUGCCUUUUGCAAACAAAUAUGCUUCUUUUUGUUCAUGCCAUAGCUUUAGGGGGUCCUGGGAAGGGGGCCGGGGCGCACUUAUUUAUGUAGCCCUUUUUGACACCUGUGCUUUCAAAAGACUUGGGGGGGCAGUCUCAUCAUCACACUCAAAUACGGUGAUGAGGUGGGCUUUGUCGAGAUAGGCUUCCUCAAAUACCAAAGGAUUUUAAUCCAGGGUUCCAAUUUGUGGUGAUUUGAGAGAUAAGAAGUUAGGGUUGAGUUGUUUACGCCAAGUUCCAUGCAUUAUUUCAGAGGGACAUAACUAUUUUCAGCAAACUUGAAUUUUUUUUCAACAAACGUUUGGCUGGUGGACAAUAGAUCAUUGAUUAAAGGACUGGAUUGAAAAAAAACCUAUACUCUGAAAUACAAGGAACUAUUAAAACCACUCAUAAAGCCAGUUUUUAGCUUUGCUGAUGUGUUAUAUUUGUGAAGGCAAUUUUUUAUUUUUUUUGCUCUUUUGAAUGUUCAUCAGGAUAGACAGGGUAGUGUUUUUCUUUUCAGACUGGUGGUGUGGCAGCUGAUUGGUCAGAAUCAUCUGCUAGUCAUUAACUAAUGGUACAGACUGUGGUGGGUUAUACAAUAAAUAUUGAACCUUGUACGCACAAAUUCAACGGAUCUGUCGGACAGAUUCCAGUUAACUGUCACUUUACCUGUUGCAUUAUUUAUUUGUGUUCUCUUUCCAGCAGCUUUAAGCUAAUGUUAAUAGCAAAUAUUUAAGUAGAUUAUUUUAUGCUCUUGUGGAGCUGAAGUACUUUGAUAUGAGUCAUUGGUUCUUUGACAAAAUGGCAACUCCAGGAGUCUGACCGACUCAUAGGAUUGAAAUUUUACGCUGACAUGUUUUCUUUGCAUCUGCACUCAUGUUUUUCAAGUCCAAGUAUUUUAGCAAAGGUGCAUCGCUUUAUUUGUUGCUAAACUACUGAGUUUUCGUCGACUCAAAAUACCAAGGAAAAAAAAAAGAAAAGACAUGUAUUUGUGUGUUGGGAGCAAUUUUGUGUACAUUGAAAACCUUCCCAAGUGUGUAAGAAAAAAAAAAAAAAUUUCAAUAUGGCAAGUAUAUUAAAGAGAAAAAAAAAGACAAAACAUCUACUUGUGCCUAUGGAGUUCAGUACUGACAACAGCAGCAGAUUGCAGUGGUAUUAAAUACAUUUAUUUUUUGUUAGCUAUAAUGGCGUUUUGUGAUUUGAAUUUCUUGAAGGAAAACAGUAAGGCUAUGUGCCUGCCUAAUGCUCAGACUGUCUCUUAGGCGAGUUCGGAGUCCUCACAGAUUAGAGCCUUAUACACCAUAUUGUCUAUUUUUUUAUAUGAGAGUGUAUGUGAAAGUCU